GGUAUAACCGGAUUUUGGAACUUAUUUUUGAAUUUAUAACAGUCAUCAUUCCUACAAAAAUUAAGAAAAUAAGAGCAACUAAAAAAGCCGCGACUGAACCGCCAACCACAUCUCGACAGAGUAAAAUGCAACGACCAAGUUCCAAUGGGACGACAGGGCAAAAGCACGCCAAUCUCGAUGACAUAUGGAUUGAUCUUGAGCAAGGUAUUAUACAGGUAUUCCAGCCAGAGAAAUCGUUGACAAAAAAUCGUUAUAUGCAACUGUAUACUUAUGUCUAUAAUUAUUGUACAAGCGUUAAUUCAUCAUUGAAUAAUCGUAAUACACACAAGUCGGGUGGGGCUCAAUUGGUUGGUAAAAAGCUAUACGAUCGUCUUAAGGACUUUUUGAAGAAUUACUUAAAUGGCCUUCUACAAAAUUUUGUAUCUAUAAAAGGUGAAGAGGUGCUUCUAUCACACUAUACAAAGCAAUGGGUAGCGUAUCAAUUUUCGAGUACUGUACUGAAUGGUAUUUGUUCCUAUCUAAAUAGACAUUGGGUGAAACGUGAGUGUGAGGAGGGACAGAAAGGCAUUUAUGAAGUAUAUCGUUUAGCAUUAGUUACGUGGAAAGAACAUUUGUUUAAAGUGCUUAAUGAGCCAGUCACUAAUGCUGUUCUUAAGUCCAUUGAAGAGGAACGUAACGGCAAAACUAUUAAUCGCGGUCUUAUAAGAAGUAUUAUUAAUUGUUAUGUAGAGCUUGGAUUUAAUGAAGACGAUGGGGGAUUACCCCUUAAAGAACAAAGAGACAAUAAACUCUCAGUAUAUAAAGACAAUUUCGAAAAAAAAUUUAUACUCGAAACUACAGCUUAUUACGAACAGGAAUCAGAUGUGUACCUUAGCACUAAUUCAGUGACGGAAUAUAUGAAGCAUGUCGAACAACGUUUAGCUGAGGAGCGUCGCAGAGUUAAUCGGGAUGAUUUCAAUUGCUUGCUAACUUCAUAUUUGCAUGAAAGUACCCAUGAUGAUCUUGUAAUUGCUUGCGAACAGGUGCUUAUUGUAAAGCAUUUGGAUAUAUUCCGCUCUGAGUUUCAAAAUUUGCUAAACACUGAUAAAAACGAUGAUUUAAAACGCAUGUAUUCAUUAGUAGCAAGAACUCCCAAAAACCUAACCGAACUUAAGUCAAUAUUAGAAGAGCACAUUUUACAGCAGGGUAUUCAAGCCAUUGAAAAAUGUGGCAAUAAUGAAGCUGCAAACGAUCCAAAAGUGUAUGUACAAGCAAUACUUGAGGUGCACAAAAAGUUUAAUGCACUCGUUUUAACUGCUUUCAAUAAUGACAAUGGAUUUGUAGCAGCACUGGACAAAGCUUGCGGUAAAUUCAUAAAUUCAAAUGUGGUAACUCAAGCUAACAGUGCCAGUAAAUCGCCAGAACUGCUUGCCAGAUAUUGUGACUUGUUACUUAAAAAGUCAUCGAAAAAUCCUGAAGAAAAAGAAUUAGAAGAUAAUCUUAAUCAGGUUAUGGUUAUUUUCAAAUAUAUUGAAGACAAGGAUGUUUUCCAGAAGUUUUACUCAAAAAUGCUUGCCAAACGUCUUGUUAAUCAUACAUCUGCAUCAGAUGAUGCAGAGGCAAUUAUGAUCUCCAAAUUGAAACAAGCUUGUGGUUAUGAAUAUACCAUAAAAUUGCAGCGUAUGUUCCAAGAUAUUGGUCUAUCAAAAGACUUAAACAAUAAUUUUAAGGAGCAACUACGUAAGACACAGAUUUUGCAAGAAAUAGACUUUAGUAUUGAAGUGCUGUCAUCUGGAUCAUGGCCAUUUAAUCAAGGGAGCAGCUUUUCAUUACCCACCGAAUUGGAGAGUUCGGUUAAACAUUUUAACGAGUUUUACGCAACAAGGCAUUCUGGACGUAAAUUAAAUUGGUUGUAUCAUAUGUGCAAGGGAGAAUUAGUAACGAAUUGUUUUCGCAAUAAAUACACUCUGCAAGCAAGCACAUUUCAGAUGGCAGUUUUAUUGCAAUUCAAUGAUCAGACAAAGUUUUCUGUACAGCAAUUAGCCGAAAAUACUCAAAUUCAAAUGGAUAAUUUAGUGCAGGUUCUACAAAUAUUGCUUAAAGUAAAACUGCUAACCUCUCCAGAUGAUGAAAAUUCCCUCACACCAAAUUCAAUGAUGGAGCUGUUCUUAGAUUAUAAAAACAAAAAACUGCGUAUAAAUAUUAAUCAACCGCUAAAGACUGAGCUUAAGGUCGAACAGGAGGCCGUACAUAAGCACAUCGAAGAGGAUCGCAAGCUUCUCAUUCAAGCUGCUAUUGUUCGAAUAAUGAAAAUGCGUAAAAAACUCAAUCACACGCAGCUCAUCACUGAAGUACUAAACCAACUGUCAUCACGUUUUAAGCCUAAAGUGCCAGUUAUUAAAAAGUGCAUUGAUAUUCUUAUUGAAAAGGAAUACUUGGAGAGAAUGGAGGGUCAAAAGGACACAUACAGUUAUUUGGCGUAAAAUAUAUGAACGAGACUGUGAAUAGAUAUUUAGCAUAAAAUUCAAGAAUAAGUUUAGAAGUGUUUGCAGUAUGUAUGUAAAAUUAAAAGAAAAAUAUAUUUAUUAUUAACCUUAAAUAAAACAUAUAUAUAUAUAUACCUAUAUAUAUACAUUAUAUACGACAAAUUUCCAGCGCAAUGUUAAACAUAUUUCAUAAUAAUUUAUUGAUGCAAACAACUUCAUAAACACAUACAUGAUUGUUCUAAGCUUCACCUACAUAUAUUUUUAGGCUCUUUGUAAUUUAAUUGAACAUUUAGU